AUGCAUCGCACGCUACCUUCGCGAUGGCUCAGCACCGCGCUCCGGAUUUCUGAGCGGCCCGCGACUCUUGACGUGCAGUUACCAGUGUUUCUAUGUCCGGCACUCGGUGCUCGAAACCUCAGUUUCAGGGUUCGACCCGUAACAUGUGAAGCAUGCACGUUAAAACCAUGGUCUCAGAAACGAAGCUUGCAGUCGCAAGCAGAAACCGAGAUAACCUGGACGCCACCGGGUGACGCUGUCAUUCACCAGAAGAUCAUUCCCGAUAAGAAACCAAUUCGCAAGCUGCCGGCGCAAUGCACAGGUUGCGGCGCUCUAUCACAGGCUUCGUUUGAAGAUCAGCCGGGUUAUUUCGACUUGGGUAGGAAAGCGGUUCGACUGUAUCUGGGGCUUGAAGAGCCUAGACGCCGGAGAACACGUAAGGAAGAUGACGAUUAUCAGGACAUCCUGAAGAGGAUGGACCCGGCUGAGUUAGAGAAACUUGGCCUUGACAUGGAGGAUAUUGCUCCCAGUCUAGCUUAUGAACCCGGGCCUGAAUACCAGGAAGCACCCCUGAAAGUCCCUCUCUGUGAUCGAUGCCACAACCUACUUCACCACCAGACGGGAGUCUCCAUCUACCACCCGACUAUGGACUCGAUCAGGGACACACUGGCCGAGUCCCCUUACAAAUACAACCACGUCUAUCACAUUCUCGACUCUGCCGACUUCCCCAUGUCUAUACUACCCCAGAUUCAUCAACUCCUGGACCUCAUGCCCAUACGAACUAAGAAUCGUCGCUCACAGAAGGGCAAGUUCUACCACGGACAGAAGACAGAAAUGAGCUUCAUAAUCACCCGCUCGGAUCUACUGGCCCCUACUAAAGACCAAGUGGAUCGAUUGGUACCAUAUUUGAGAGAAGUUCUGCGAGAUGCUCUUGGGCGCUCAGGACGGGACCUUCGACUAGGAAACAUCAAAUGUGUGAGUGCCAAGAGAAGCUGGUGGACGAAGGAGCUCAAGGAGGAUAUCUGGAAACGAGGUGGAGCCGGGUGGAUGGUUGGCAAGGUCAAUGUUGGCAAGAGCCAAUUGUUCGAGUCUGUCUUUCCCAAAGGUCGCAUGGAUUGGGACCCGACCAAGCAUCAAAUCACCAUCGACAUGUACGGCAAGGAAAGCAAGGCGACAUCGCUGGCUGAGACACCGUCGGCUGAGACAACGACGGAGAGCGACGACACAGAUGAUAGAUUAAUUGCGAAGCUGGACGACCAGGCUCUGGAUGAAGACUCCCUUCUACCUCCCGCACAACCAGAAGCCCAAUACCCGGAAAUGCCACUGGUGUCUGACUUGCCUGGUACCACUGCUUCUCCGAUCCGUGUUCCUUUCGGAAAUGACAGGGGAGAGCUGAUCGAUCUGCCAGGAGUUGAGCGGACGGGGCUAGAUCAGUACGUCAAGGAGGAGCACCGCCAGUCCCUGGUCAUGCGUUCUCGCAUAAUACCAGAACAACAGGUCAUCAAACAAGGGCAAUCCAUCCUUCUAGGUGGAUUCAUCCGACUUACACCCAGAGUUCCAGGACCCAUCAUCCUGUCUUAUUCCUUUACACCGCUGGAGGCGCAUCUCACAGGCACGGAGAAAGCCAUCGGUAUCCAAGAACAAAACAGCGAGGUCCGCGUGGAGAACAUCGCCGUUCCAGGAACAGGAGAGAAGAUCAAGCUCGCGGGCUCCUUUCCGCUCAAGUGGGACGUCACCAAGGAGCGCUCUGGCCCCAUUACAUCCAGGGCCGCAGUCAACAUGCACAUUGACCGGCUGCCAUACCGCGUUCUCGCAACCGAUAUCUUAAUCGAGGGCGUAGGGUGGGUAGAAGUAGUCGCGCAAGUGCGAACACGAGAGCUGUAUGCCAAACCCGAACCCACCGCCGAGCAGCCGGACUUUGAAAUCGAUCUCUCGCCAAUUGAACGACUUGAGGCCAUGGCCCAGGUUCCGAAGAAAAAGAAGCUGCCCCUGCCGCCAAGAGAGGAGGGCGAGCUCAAUUGGCCGAUUGUUGAUGUGUACACUCCCGAAGGCAAGUUUGUGGGGUGUCGGAAGCCGAUGAAUGGGUGGUUGUUGAACAAGCCCAAGGUUUCGAAGGCUUCGCUUAAGGCGAGGCCGAGGAAGAGUAUGAAGGGGAUGAAGAAGUUGGAGAAAACCAGGAGGAGG